UAUAUAAUGAAACAAAAUUACACAUUUGGAACACUAGGGUUAUAAUGGAACAGAUUUGAUUCUACUUGAUUGAAGCGCAUUCCAGUCAUGGCUUCUUCUCAAUGCACUCGACGUCUUUUCUCCAUCUCUUCCUUCAAAUCAGCUCUUAGACCCACCACUAACGCUUCUCCUUCGAUUACCCCUCACCGUCGAUUCUCACCCUUUAUCAGAAAUUGUGUAUACCAGCUUGGGAGUGUGCAAUCACUUUUGCCUCUUCACAAUACAGUAGCAACUUGUAGAAUGGUGUCAAAUCUUAGCGUUGAUUCAAGGAAUUGUCAUGAUGUUUCACAGGUUACUCUUUCUUGCAACCAUCCUGGACCCUAGCCUUUCUUACUACUAUCAACUGUGAGUUUUUGUUGCUUUCCUUGUAAAAUCAGAGGAAAAUUAGGAUUUUUGUUGAUGGGGUUUUGAGAAGUCAUAAAAUCAAUCCAAUAACAUGUACACAGUACAUGUGAUUGGAAGAGAGAAAACAAUUAUGUUGAUUUAGAGAUGAGUUUGGAAACCUUGUGUAUUAUUAUGAGUUUAGCCUCAAAUCAGAUACUGAAAUAGAGUUCAAUUAUUUCAUAUCAUUGGACACCGUAUAUUUUAA